AUGAUUCUGGAUGCCGGGCAUGACCUGGACGCUACAGAUAGGUGGGGUAUCACCCCGCUAAUGUACGCAGCUGCACUGGGACUAAGCGAUAUCGUGCGUUUGCUUAUUGUGGAAGGUGCAAGAAUAGUGAUGUGUGAUACCCGUUGGAAUCGGAAUUUCAUGAACUACGCGUCUGUUCGUGGACACUGGGAUUUGAUCCUUGAAUCACUCCACACCAUACGUCAGUGCUACGGUGAAGAGGCUUUCCAAUAUUAUGUUGGCAUGGCAAUUAUGCGUCUUGUGUCUGAGGAUACUUGGCUUGGUGAUCGAAGAACGAAAGUCUUCGAAACCCUUCUAGAGCUUUUCGAUGAUGUGAAUUUUACAUUCACAGAUUCCCAUCGGGGGGAGAGAUCUAACAACUUGUUGCAUUAUGUUCAAACGGAAGAAGAGCUCCACGCCCUUGUUCGCUGCGGGUUCAAUGGGUUUAACCAGCCCAAUAGCGAUGGCGAACUUGCAGUUUCGUCGAUUGUGUGUCAGAUCGCGGAUUUCAACUUGUUUCGGGGCUGUCUUGAUCAUGGGACAGAUGUCAAUCAUAUAAACCACAGCAACCGUACUGUCAUAUUCAAACUGAUAGAGUGUCUUGGCAGGCUUCAAUAUACGACCUGGGAUACUAUUGAGUCAAUCAAGCUCUGUUUACACCGGGGGAUCGAUAUCUUCCAUACCGAUAGCUGCAGGUGCGCCUGCUCUAUUAAUGGCUGCCAUAUCUCUGCUGGAUUCAAUAUCGCAUUCAAAUCAACAAUCUUCGCUCGUGGAUCUAUCGUCAGUUUUAUCUGGGCCUUUGAAUGGCUCUCAAUUGUUGAAGAGUUCCACGGCCACGAGGCAGCAAAAACGCUUCUUCUCUCAUUCAUUCGCCGGACGCGCUUUGAUAUGCUCAAGAUAACACAUGUAUGCUGUCACAAGGGUGAAGGUAUAGGUCGAAAACGACUCGGAAUAUUUGACUACCAGGAUGCCAUCGGAGAUGUCCAAGGUUUGUUGAAUGAGGAAGAGGACAUGAUCGAGAUACUAGAGGAAGAGAUGCGAGGAUAUACCCGAGAAAGCUUGGAGACACUCGAAUGUAUUUGGUCGCAGUUACUCAAGAAAAAGUACAAAGAGGCCCUUGAAAAAGCCCAGGAAAAACUCGAAAGAAAAGGAAAAGAGCCAAAAAAGACGUCAAUCGGCCCUCGAUAUUAUAUCGAUUACAAAAACGAUACCUACAGCCACUGUAUGAGCGUGGGCUGGGACCCAAAUGUAACAUUCGACCAGCAUGAUCUGCUACGAGAAGUGUCAGAAUACGUCUUCUGGCUUCAGCACGAAUAUUUGCGAAAGCUUGACCACCUGGAAGACAUUCUUUUCAAAGCGGGUUGGUAUGAAAGACGAAUGAGUUGGCUUGCCAAGCUUGUUAAUACAAUGGAAAUGUCGGUCCAAAAGAUCAAACAAGCAGUGGAAGGAAUAGACUUCGAGGAAACAAGAUCGGAAAAGAUUGAUGGAAAGACUAUUGUGGAACAAUUCUGGACUUCGAUGAAGGCAAGGAAGCAAAAGCAUCACUGA